AUGGAGCAAAAUCACGUGUUGUUGUCGGCAUUGAGCGUAGGAGUAGGUGUCGGACUCGGGUUGGUAUCGAGUAAGACCGUUAGCAAAUGGACAGGAGCUUCGGUGGCGGAGGGUGUAACCGGUCACCAAAUUGAACAGGAACUUCUCAGAUUGGUUCUUGAUGGCAAGAAUACCAAGGUCACCUUUGAUGACUUCCCUUAUUAUCUCAGCGAGCGAACAAGGGUGUUAUUAACAAGUGCUGCGUAUGUUCAUCUAAAGGAAUUAGAUGUCUCUAAGCAUACUCGAACUCUAUCACCUGCAAGUCGGGCUAUAUUGCUCUCAGGUCCUGCUGAACUUUACCAACAAAUGCUUGCAAAAGCUCUGGCAUAUCAGUUUGAAGCAAAGUUGCUAAUGCUAGAUAUAGUUGACUUUUCACUCAAGAUGCUGAGCAAGUAUGGAAGUGCCAAAAAACAGUCUCCCCUCAAGAGAUCCAUCUCAGAAGUGACAUUGGAACGAAUGUCCAGUUUGCUUGGUUCCUUCUCAUUUCUUCCACCUAGAGAGGAUAGAGGUGAAUAUUUGAGGCAAAGCACUGGAUUGGAUGCUAAAGCAAGGAGUAUGGAAGGAGUCGUCAACCCUCUAAAGCAUCGCAGAACUGCCUCUGUCUCUUCUGAUAUGAGUAGCAUUAGUGCUCAGUCAGCUUCUUCAAAUCUAGCUCCAUCAAGGCGCAAUAACGCUUCAUAUUUUGAUGAGAAAGUUCUUUUACAGGCACUUUAUAAGGUGUUGGUUUCUAUCUCAGAAACCGGUUGCAUCAUUCUCUACAUCCGAGAUGUUGAGAGAUUUCUUGCCCAAUCCUCGAGACUGUACAGACUAUUUGACAGAAUGUUGAAGAAAUUAUCAGGAUCAGUUUUGGUUCUUGGUUCCCGAAUGUUGGACCUGGAUGAUGAGUAUGGGGAAGUGGACGAGAAACUUAGUCUUUUAUUUCCUUACAACAUUGAGAUUAGGCCACCAGAAGAUGAAACUCAUCUUGUGAGCUGGAAAGCCCAGCUGGAAGAGGAUAUGAAGAAGAUUCAGCUUCAGGAUAACAAGAAUCACAUAGCAGAGGUGCUUGCAGCAAACGAUCUUGAGUGUGAUGAUCUAGGAUCAAUCUGUCAUGCAGACACGCUUGUUCUCAGUAACUACAUUGAGGAAAUUGUAGUUUCUGCUAUAUCGUAUCAUUUGAUGAAUAACAAGGAUCCAGAGUAUCGUAAUGGGAAGCUUGUUAUAUCCUCUAAGAGUUUGUCCCAUGGAUUAAGCAUAUUUAGAGAGGGAAAAGAUUGUGGCAAAGACAGCUUAAAAAUGGAGCACGAUGCUGAAUCUUCAAAGGAUUCUGAAGGGAAAGAUAAUGCUGCUGCAAAACCUGAAUCGAAGUCCAAAAAAUCAUCGUCUGAGAACAAGAGUGAGGGUGAGAAAUCAAUUCCUUCAACAAAGACCGAUGGUGAGAAUCCAUCGGCAUCAAAACCUCCGGAAGUUCCUCCUGACAAUGAAUUUGAAAAGCGCAUAAGGCCAGAGGUUAUUCCUCCAAAUGAGAUUGGAGUGUCAUUUGCCGAUAUUGGUGCCUUGGAUGAGACCAAAGAAUCACUUCAAGAGCUGGUCAUGCUUCCUCUUCGAAGACCAGACCUUUUCAAUGGCGGGCUUCUUAAACCUUGCAGAGGCAUACUGCUCUUUGGUCCUCCGGGUACUGGGAAAACGAUGCUUGCAAAGGCCAUUGCCAAUGAGGCAGGAGCAAGCUUUAUAAAUGUCUCAAUGUCCACUAUCACUUCAAAAUGGUUUGGGGAAGAUGAAAAGAAUGUCCGAGCCCUUUUCACCCUGGCAGCCAAGAUUUCUCCUACAAUCAUUUUUGUGGAUGAGGUAGAUAGUAUGCUUGGGCAACGAACUAGAGUUGGAGAGCAUGAAGCAAUGAGGAAAAUUAAGAACGAAUUCAUGACAAAUUGGGAUGGCCUGUUGACAAAACCUGGAGAGCGCAUUCUGGUUCUGGCAGCAACAAACAGGCCUUUUGAUCUUGAUGAAGCAAUUAUUAGGCGAUUUGAGCGCAGAAUAAUGGUUGAUCUACCUUCCGUGGAGAGCAGAGAAAUGAUCUUGAAAACCCUUCUGUCAAAAGAAAAAGUAGAGGACGUAGACUUCAAAGAGCUGGCUGCCAUUACUGAAGGAUAUAGUGGAAGUGAUCUCAAGAAUUUGUGUGUAACAGCGGCUUAUCGACCAGUGAGAGAAUUGAUACAAAAAGAGAAACAAAAAGAUAAGGAAAAGAAGCCGAAAGAUGAAGAUGGGAAGAGCUCUGAAGAUGCUUCUGCUUCUGCUUCGAAAGAAGAAGCUAAAGAGGAAGAAAUAAUUACUUUAAGGCCGUUAAACAUGGAAGACAUCAGGCAGGCAAAGAAUCAGGUUGCUGCCAGUUUCGCUUCUGAGGGAUCCAUAAUGAGUGAACUGAAGCAAUGGAACGAACUAUAUGGAGAAGGAGGUUCAAGAAAGAAACAGCAGUUAUCAUACUUCCUUUAG